AUGGCAGAAAUUGGCAUCAUUGCCAGUGGCAUGGGCGUAGCCUCGUUGGGGCUUCAGCUCAUGGACGGCGUUAGAAAAUUGAAACAAUUCUGGGAUGAGGUUAAAGAAGCACCUGAAGAUAUUCAAUAUACCCUUGAAGAGCUCGAUGCACUAAGUCUGGUUCUUUCCGAUAUCCACACAUCAAUGUCAAACCUGCCAUCGAUUCCUUCGGCUACGGUCACAAAGUGUCUAGAGCUUUGUCGCCGUGGGACGGAUAUCCUCAAUACGACAGUGAAGGAUUUGAAUGGGGCUAUCUCCAAGCGACGCAAGAUUGGCAGCGCGAAAGUGAUUUUGAAGAAAGAUACACUCGAUAAAUUUCGGAAUCGAUUGAGAGAUGCGCAAUAUAUGCUUGUGCUUUCUCGGCAGACAUACUCGGACGCACUCCAAAUGGAAUACAAUAAGCUUCAAAUAGAAGCCGUUCAAAGUAAUGCAAAUCGUCAGCUGCAAGAAUUCGAGGAGUUGAAAGUUUUCAUUACACGUUAUGCCGAUGUUAUGUCUAGUACCCUGCUUCAAUCGCGCGAUACUGUGGUUUAUGAUUAUGAGACGAAGAGACCCAUCAGAAGUAGAAGACGAGAUAAGCUUGAUAAGCAGGCUAAAUACUUUCAAAGGAAAUUCAACAUUCCUUUAUGGUUUUCAUCUUCGAGCUAUACUUGGGAUUUUUCUGGGUAUCAAGCACCUUCAGGGUGGAAAUUCAACUUCCGACAAUAUUAUACAAUUGAACUUGAUUCGCCGGCUUCUCAAUAUGUAACCGAAGGAGACCUAUCUGGACUUCAAGUAUUAUUGAAGAGCAAAAGGGCCACCCCAUCUGAUAGAACAUUCAACGGCCAGACAUUGCUUGAUCUAGCUAGCAUGUAUGGACAAUAUGAUAUGUGCCGUCUUCUACUUGAUCAAGGAGCAGACCCAAAUGACUCUUCCAGGACAUCUGCGUUAUCAUACAGCGUUGGACGGUUCCACAAAGGCUCUUCUCAGAACAGUGUGCUGCAGCUACUGUAUCCAAUAUCUGAGAUUCAUAAUCCAUUGCAAAAUAUUUCGGAUUCAAAUGUUGAUCUUGACCGAUUAGCUUGGCUGCUUUAUAGUAUUGAUCCGACAUUCAAAGAGUGGAGUUUCGAGGAGAGGAUGAUGUUCGCACUGAAAGUUUGUUACAAACUUGGUACUCUGAUUCGUAGUACAGCUGACAUGAUAUCACUAAUGCUUCACGAAGAUCAAUUGAACGAAGCCUGCUGCAAGAUGGUUUUCAGACACCGCCCUGAAUCUUUUGGCAAUACUCUACUAUCAAUUGAGCUUAGGUGUUUUGGUUCUGCGGUACAGGAUUGGUUGGAAAGGAAUGGAGAGUUGGCUAUAUACUCCAACUCAACUCGGCCGAGAGCUGGAAAAGCAGAAUUUGGACCGAGUGGUCGAUUUUCAAGGGCCAAGUUUUCUAAAUCAAUCGAAUUUUCAGAGCGUCUCAUCGCCGCAGGGUCAGAAAUUUACCGAGGAGGUUUACUGUUUUCUUUGUUGACUAGAAACCAUUGGUAUUUCCCCCCUGACCUACUCCGAUCAUGGAUAUGCCCAGUUUCUAUGCGACUUUGGCUCGAGAUACUAUACGAUUCCGGCAUUGAUUUGAUGAAAUACGGUAGAGCAGAGCAUGAUAAAUUCAUGGAGAGUACCAUUAAAUGGGAGCUCUACUUGUACCAUCAGGAAAACUUAAUUGGUACAAGUGAACCACGCUAUUGGUGCACUCGUGCACAUCUCAUAAGCUUUGUAUAUGGACCAGCUGUUGAUGAUUGGAAAUUCUGGUAUUCUUUGGACGAGCCGUAUCGGAACUACUACAAGAGCUUCCGGGAUUUCUGGGAACUAGUUGAUCAUCCAGAGAGGGGGAUGCCUGGGGCUUGGAGGGAGUGUUGA